GGCGUCUACACCGUUUCUCGCAUGCCGCUGUGAGACGCACAGCCCUACUGUCUACAGUCAGUCGAAGUGUGUGCGUGUGUUUGUGCGACUGUAUCCAAUUCCGUCACCGUCCCACGUUGACUAUUUACGCUAAAAGCGCGACACUUUCGUCAGCUUAAAAAAAAAAAAUUGAACCCGUGGAUGUAAACAAAUAGUAAAGCUACAUCCCCGCGGUUUACUGAGAUUCUGGAUGUACUGGGGAUAAACGCGCGCGGCUGGUAAAACAUUGGGGUUCGGCCAUCAUUAUUUAAUGUGAUAGUGCUUUCAGGAUCAGCAAUAAUAACUCGGUGACCAAAGAAAGACUCGUGGUUCCAGACCAAUCCUGUGGUCAAAUCCAUGAGCACAGAGGUACAAAGCAAACAAGCAGUCAGAUUAACCGGUUGAAAAAUGGAAGUCGCUGUGCCAGAAGAGCCUCAGAAGAAGAUUUUCCGGGCUCGGAAAACGAUGAAGAUAAGCGACCGUCAGCAGUUGGAAGUUCUUCACAGCACUUUGGCAGCAGUUUCCUCCACCUCUUCUGCUUCCUCUUCCUCACGGCCCCAGACGCCACUGGUGAAUGGAACGCACACAGAGGAUGGACAGAAGGGGAAAGAGAAGGAAAAAGAGAAGGACCGCAAAGAGACGCGGUCAAAGUCUCCGACCUCUCCCUCAGUAGGUUCUUCCCCCCUCCCGUCACUUUCUCUCUCUCUCUCGCGUUCGCCCUCACCAGCUGUUGCCCAAAGUCAAAACCCAUCACCCUUGCCUUCUGUGAAGAGAGGGUCAGAGAAGGGGAAAGCAGAGGAGAAGAAAGGAGAGAGAGAGAAGAAAAAUGAAAAGAAGCCGGAGGAAGCCAAGGCUAACAAAUCGGAAAACUCUACAUCCAUACAUGGUGGAUCUCCUUUGGCAUCCAACAAAAAGGGCGACCCGAAAAAAACCACGGCCCAAGCGUUAAACAAGGAGAUGGCUGCCAUAGACACAGAUGCCUCGCUUGAGAACGGUUCUACAGAGGAGAAGGAGGAGAAAGGCAGUAAGGACUCCUCCUCCACAUCUUCUGGCUCUCCAGCUGGCAGUAUGGAGUGUGACCCGGAAGUGAAAGAGGGCUUCCUUUGCCUCAGUGAAGAUGAGAGCCAAGGAGAGCGGGAUGAGACGAAAGAGAGGAGCGAGGACAAGACUGAUAUGGAUGUUAAGAAAGAGGAGAAAAAAGAGACCGAAAAGGGGUGCAAAGCUGCAGAUGGUACAGGUAACGGCAGUCAUGCGGGGAAGAAGAGGUCAUUUUCGCCAGAAGUGGGCAGCGAUGUUCGGAAGGAUGGUGGGAGUAAGGAAGGGAGAGAUGGGAAGAGAGCAAGGGUAGAGGGAGUGGAGCUGGAGGCCCAGUUGGAGCUAAAGAUCACAGCCAACACAGGCAGCCGCCUGAAACUAGAGAAGGUGGUGCAGCAGCUGGUGGAGGAGCGCCUGCGUAUUUUGCAACUGACUGUGUUCGACCGUGGUCUGCAGGAGCUCAAGGAGAGAGUGGAGAAAAUCGACACAGUUACCAAGCAGCAGAAUGCUCUCCAGCACAUUAGCACACUACAGGCAAAGAUUACACGACUGACCAAGAAGUUUGGAGCUGCUAACCAGGCCACUGAAAAUUCCAAAAAGAUUCAAGAGCAGGCCACUGCUAAUAAGGCUACUGCCACAACCAACACUACCCCAACAACUCAACGAACUGUAAGAACCACACUGGACCCCAGGCAGCCUAGUGCACCUCCCAGUCAGACCAGUUCCACUGCUACCCCAGCUCAGCCCAAGCCUCUCUCCACUCCGACCACGCCAACCUCCUCUGCCUUGGCUGCCUCUGCGCCUAUUCUCCAGAUCAUCUCCACAACCACAAGCUCCACCCCUUCCUCCUCCACUGCCUCUCUGACUGGUCAGGCCCAGCCGGGCACUCUGCUGCUACAGACCCGCCCCAGCACAGGUGUCAUGACGACCAACACAGCGACAUCAGGCGGUCAGCCUGUAUCUAUUCAGCCCUUGCUGAUUCAGCUACCGCUGACCAUGGCUAACGGACAAGGAGGGACAUUAGCGGGGGGUGUUGGCCUGAUACCCAUGCCAGUUAACAGUAUUAACAAGGCCAAGACCACAACAGCUACGACAGCCUUCAUACUGCAGAAGACGGCCAACGUUGCUUCUUCCUCUUCGGGGUCCUCCUUGUCGACGACGGCCCCGCAGGUGUCGCUGGCCAGGGCUGUGUACCAGGGUGGGACGGGGACCGUGAGUUCACCCAGCGCCGCCGUUUCUGUGACCUCAGCGCGCGCACCAACACAGUGUGCCACCGUCGUGGGAGUGGCCACAGCCUCGUCGUCCCCGGCGACCAUGCUCCCUGCAGCGACGGGGUCAUCAUCUGCGGCAGGCGGGCCUGGUGCACCCUCUGCAUCUGCUAUGACUUCUAAGACAGAUAAUCAAGCCUCUAAUUCUGCUUCUGCCAAAUCACCUGCUCAGCCUGCGCGACCCAAGGGCUCAGUCAUAGACCUAACUGAGGAUGAUGACGAUGUGCAAGUGACCGGCGUGCAGAAGGCUACUGUUCCAUCCAUUGCCUCAACCCAGCGACCCCCAGGUCCACCCCCUCCAUUAGUCAGCUCUUCCUCUAUUGGUCGCUCUGGGACACAGCAUCGAUCAACAGUGGACUCGCCCACCAAAUCUCAUCUGGGGUCCUUUUCAGCGGCUCCUCUUCCCCCAUUACCAUUAACUCCCACUCCCCCAGCCCGGCUGCCUGCAGAUGCUGCCCACACCUCUCCUCCCCAGCAACCUCAGCUGAAGUUGGCCCGUGUCCAGAGCCAAAAUGGUAUUGUCCUGUCCUGGUGCGUGGCUGAAACAGACCGUAGCUGUGCUGCUGUGGACAGCUACCACCUGUACGCUUACCACCAGGACCACCAGGGGGCGGCAGGUGGCAGCACCUUAGCACAGUCUCUGUGGAAGAAGAUUGGCGAGGUCAAGGCACUCCCGUUACCAAUGGCAUGCACACUGACCCAGUUUGUGUCGGGCUCGACGUACUACUUCGCGGUGAGGGCGAAAGACGUGUACGGACGCUUCGGACCAUUUUGCGAGCCGCAGUGUACAGAUGUCGUCAACCCUCCGUCCUAAGGCACAUCCUGAUCUGGAGGCAUAGUGCGGUUGGCUAGCAAAUGAAAUAAUGGCAUAAUCGACAUAAUAUUCAAACUGUGGAAUGGACUGAACUUAAUUACACAUCAGACUACUGUUUAGUUAUGAUAUUUGUGAAAUUGGGAUUACCACAGAAUCUGAAUAAGAUAUUUAAAAUGCAUAUUGACAUAUCUCAGACAUGCACACAUGCGCAUGAGCAUGCGCACGCACACACGCACACACAAACACACGUGCACACAUCCACUACAGUUAAAGACACUCUAUUCAAAUUAACAUUUUAAGGAGAAAAGGAACUGGCACCAAAAUGAAUUGUGCCUAAAACUGUACUUUCCAUGUGUAGAACUGUACAGAGUCAAGUGUUGAAUCGAGAGGUCAGAUAUUUAUGUUUGUUCCAUUCGAAAUCUUUCUUUUUUAAGACAUUUUUUGUUUGUUUUUUUUUUAAAUAUAAAAAGGCAUUUGGUACAUUGCACACAUGCUCCAUAGUAUCACCUGGUCUUAAGCUACACAAGACAAUGGUAGCAUUAAUGCUCUUGUAAUGUCCUGUCUGGUAACCAGACACCCCAAGAACUACAAAUAAAGGUAUUGAUUUAAAAAGAAUA